AUGGCAAUCGUUGUGUGUUUUUGGCUUUUCCUUCUUAAGGACAUCGACGAAGACGCCGAGUUCCUGACCCAGGGUGUUGGAGACGUUCGCACGCUUGAGCUCAUGAAGGCAGCCAUGAAAGAAGUCCGGGGGAAGCCGAAAGACUCGGAGCAGUUGCAGAGCCAGAUUUGCCAAGCUGAUCAGCGGCUGACAGAACGAAGCCACAUCACCCAGUGGCUGAUGAAGCCCUUUGCGAGGGGAAUCUGUCUCCGCAUCCACGUGGUGAUUGCCUUGGGUUACAUCUUCUCGCCGGUGGGCGAGACCCUGCUGAAGAGUGUGGACGUGCGUUCCCGGACAAACACGUUUGCCUCCGAACACGCACUCUGGAUCACCUUCUACUUUGGGGCAUCGUUGGGCUGCUUGAUGUGGCUCUUCCUCUCGCGGGGGAUCCCGCCCAACCUUCUCAUGGCCAGCUCCCAGCUGCUGAACAUCGUUUUCUUCGUCCUGGUGCCAUCACUUCCAGGUGAGUUCUUCGAGUCUGAUUUCUCCACCCUGACGUACCUCGCCUUGUGCGGUGUGCAGAGCACUUCGCGAUUGCUCUUCAUCGUGUGGAACUUCAACGAGGACUUCCACGGAGGAUUCCAGGUUGCAGCGCGUCGCAUCGGCGCCCUGGAGAGCUUGAGAUCUGGUGUCGGCUGGAUCGCAGUGAACCUGAGCUAUGCAGGUCUAGAAUUCGUGAACCGGAAUGUGGUUCUUGUGGUCUCCUUGGGAACGACGGUCCUCCUCUUCAAGGCCCCGCAAUGCUAUGCGUCCUACGUGCUGCCCUCCACCGGCAUGCUCGAGGGCAUCACACACAAGUCCUUCAUCCUCCUGGUCGUCGCAGAGAUGCUGAACAUGCUGGCGGCAUACGCAUCGCAAACCUACUCCCUCUGGUGGACGCUCAACGGCUGGGAGCCCUCGGAGAUUGCGGGCUUUGCUCUGCUGAUCGGGAUCCUUUCUCCGAUUAUGCUCUGCAUCAUCUUCGGUCUGCUGGCUCGCAUGAAUCGCUGGGGUCCCUGGGCCAUGCGCGACUUCACUUGCCUUCUGCCACCAGGCUCUCUUUUGAGGGCGUUGGCCCUCUGGGAUCUUGGAAAUCUUCACUUCCGCUCCCAGAUCUUCAUCGUUGCCGUGCUUCUGUCCGUCUGCGUAGACGUCGCGCACGGAGCCGCCGUGUGGUCCUCCGUGAUGACGAUUCUUGGCAACAAGUGGUACGCGCUGAAAGGAUGCUACCUCUGUCUCACUCUGGCCUGCAUCUGCUCGUCCCUCUCGCCGAGCUUCGGACAUUUUAUGGGAGUCGCCUUCACUGGGGCUUCCCCGCUCUACGACAACAUCACGCUGCACAAGCCGGUCUCUGGCAAGGGCUCCUUCAGUGAUGCCACGUUCUGGGCCGUGGUUCCGCUGGCAACGCUGAGCCUCUUGCCGGCAGGGAUUGCACUCAAAGGCUCUUAA